AUGAAUUUCUUAAGCUGCAAAUAACUUGAUCAUGAAAAUAAAGAAAUUAUUGGAUUUUGUUUGAAUCAGAAUUGCUAAAAUUCAACUCAAUAUUGUUCUGAAUGUUUUAAUACUACACAUUCAGAACAUUAAAAAGAUUGUGUUUUAUUCUCAACAAUAAACUAUUUUAUGAAAGAACUGAUAAAAGUAAAUAAUGAAUUAAGGAAAUAAUUCAAUUAAGUCUAUAUACGAAUAUAAAAUUACUUUGAAGAGAUUUAAAAUAAUAUGGAUCAAGAAAUUUAAAUACUAGAAAAUAUGACUUAUCAGCUUUAAAACCACGAGUAUUUAGCUUUUAAGUCACAAAUUCAUAUAAUUAAGCAGUUUUACUCAAAAGAAAAUGAAAAUUACAAAUGUAUUCAUUUUCAUAUUUAUUAAUAAUAGAAUAACAAUUAAUAGAAUUGAAUAAAAUUCCUAAUAAAUUAAAGAAUAUGGUAUCAGACUAAACUAAAUUGAAUUAAUAAGUAAGUUCUGAUGGUAAAACGUCGGUUAGAACUAAUAAACAAAGCUUAAGAAAUGAACAGUUGAAUUUCGAAGAGGCUGAAAGAUUAUUCGAUGAAGGUAUAAUCAAUUUUACAUAAUAAUAGGAAAAGCUUUAAGAAGAUCAAAAAAUUAUUAGGAAGCGAUUGAGCGUUUCAACUAAGCACUUUCCUUAAAUCCUCAAUAUGUUAGAGUAUGGAUUAAUAAGGGUAAAUAAAUUUGACUUAUUAUUAUUAUUUAGCCUUAGUUUUAUCAAAACUUAAAAGAUUUUAAGAAGCAAUUGAAUGCUAUGAUUAAGCUAUUUCCAUUGAUACAAAAGAUUUUCUUUCAUGGAAUAAUAAAGGUAACUAAUAAGACAAAUUAUUGUUUAGGCAUGGUAUUAUGUAAUUUAAAUUAACAUUAAGAAGCAAUCAAGUGUUUCGACUAAGCUAUUUCCAUUAAUCCUAAAUUUGAUGCUUCAUUUAGUAAUAAAGGUACAUAUAUAUUUUAUAAUUUGAGGCUUUGCAUUACAUCAAUUAAAGAGAUAUUGGGAUGCUUUAUAAUGUUAUGAUUAAGCUCUGUCUAUUUGCAUUAAUCCUUCUUUGCUUAAAAGAAAAGGUACACUUUUUUAAUUAAGUAAUAUAUAGCUGAUUCGCUAUUUGAGUUGAAUUUCAAAUACAAUGCUAAGCAAGUUUAUUUGGAGGCAUUGCAACUAGGGUCAAAUGAGACAGAUUACAUAAAUAAGUAACUCUCCAAAUUAUGA